AAAUCCAUGACACCAGAAUUUCUUCAGCGGUGUGCAGCGAAACGUCAUACGUAGACGAUAUGAUAUCACCAUGGCGUUCACGUUAUGGACCUUGUUUGAAGCGACAUUAUUAUGUCUAAAUGCAGUGUGUGUAUUACAUGAAGAGAGAUUCCUAGCUAAGAUGGGAUGGAGCGCGCAACAAAAUAUACAAGGAUUUGGGGAACCACCGACAAUGCGAUCUCAAAUUUUGAACCUUGUUAGAUCCAUCAGAACUGUCGCGAGGUUUCCACUGAUAUUUCUAAAUAUUUUAACAAUCAUUGUGAAGCUCGUUCUCGGAUGAACCUAAGACUUAUUUUAAGG